AUGAUUCCUAUUUUAUUCUUGGUCACUCUUUGCUUGGUGGUGGUCUCAGGUGCUCCAACACAUGAUCCCAGUUUGGAUGAUGAAUGGAACGAAUGGAAGACAAAACAUGGGAAAACAUACAUCAUGAAUGAAGAGGGGCAGAAGAGAGCAGUGUGGGAGAGCAACAGGAAAAUGAUUGAGCUGCAUAACGAGGACUACGCUAAGGGGAAGCAUGACUUCCACUUGGAGAUGAACGCCUUUGGUGACUUGACAAAUACAGAAUUCGGGCAACUGAUGACUGGCUUUCAAAGCAUGGGAACCGAGGAGAUGAACGUAUUCCAGGAGCCUCUUCUGGGUGAUGUCCCCAAGUCUGUGGAUUGGAGAAAGCACGGCUAUGUGACACCUGUGAAACCCCAGGGUAGUUGUGGCUCUUGUUGGGCAUUUAGUGCCGUUGGCUCCUUAGUAGGACAAAUGUUCCGGAAAACAGGGAAACUGAUUCCUCUGAGUGAACAGAACCUAGUGGACUGUUCCUGGUCAUAUGGCAACAAAGGUUGUCGUGGUGGCUUGAUGGGGUAUGCCUUCCAGUAUGUGAUCAACAACGGAGGUUUGGACACCAGUGUGUCCUAUCCUUAUGAAGCACGUAAUACAACCUGCAGGUACAACCCUAAAUAUUCUGCUGCUAAAGUCACGGGCUUUGUGAAUAUCCCAAAAAGCGAAGAUGCCCUAAUGAAGGCUGUGGCCACCGUGGGGCCCAUCUCCGCUGCAAUUGAUACUAAGCACCGUUCAUUCCAGUUCUAUAGGGGUGGCAUGUAUUACGAGCCAGACUGUAGCAGCGUUAAGUUGGAUCACGCCAUCCUGGUGGUUGGCUAUGGUGAAGAAUCAGAUGGCAGGAAAUACUGGCUUGUCAAGAACAGCUGGGGUACUUACUGGGGCGAGAAUGGUUACAUAAAGAUAGCCCGAGACAGAAACAACCACUGUGGAAUCGCUUCCUACGCCCUCUACCCUACCGUGUGA